CUUCAUAGUGUGCCACCUCACCUCGGCAUACCGCUCUUGGCCACUCAAAUGCCUUGCCAUCACUGGUGCAAACAAAACGUCGCCUCGGCUUCUCGUCCACAUGGUAGUGGGGUGCGGAAGCGACGCCGUGUGAAGCAGUCACAGAGCCUGACCCAAGGGUGGUGCGCCUGAUGUGCAGUGAGGCGCACUCGCGUUGCACAGAAACCAUCCCUCACCCGCCUAGGCACUCCAUCCGACUUACCCCGCUUGCGCCCAUCACGUCCACCCUCUGUCAACAUCUAUCGCUGCUCUGCGAGAACGCUCGACGUCCGGCUCCUUUGGUGUGCGGCAGAAAAGGCCACCUCAGCGUGCGAGUGCCCUCACAAUGGCUGUUGCCCAGGCUCUCAGACCGAGUGGCGACGACUUCUGGGCCGCCGCUAUCAGCACGCUUGGGGACGAUUUGACGUCCGAGAUUGAUUUCACCGGAGGGUCGAAGCAGACUCCGAUCGACGAGCUUCUGGCCGCAACUAAGGAAGCGAGGGAUGGCUUGGACGCGAAGUCAUGGUCCUUCACGCGCAAUGGCAAGAAGGUCAUUGUGCGCGACCUCUUGACCAAGGUGGCCAAAUGGGUCCAUCACUUCAAGGAGGUGGGCGAUAUCGCCGUGCAAUACGACCCGGGUCACGCUGCUCUGCCGUGGGCGGGCGUCCGCUUCCUACUGAAUGUCGCGGUGGGGGAUCUGGAUACCUACAGCAGCAUACUCGAGAGAACCGUCGACAUUGCCGAGCUCAUCUGCCGCAACGCCCUCAUUGAGAGUCUGCUGAAGAGUGUUUCAACUGCCGCCGCGGAGGAACUGCGUCGCGCCCUGGUCAAGCUAUAUGCCACCAUCUUGACUUAUCUCGCCAAGGCGAGGUCGUACUACCGCAAAAACACCGCCGCACGUGUCAUUAAGCACGGGGUUCUCGCCUCGGCCGACUUGGAUUCUGCGUUUACCGCCAUCACCGAAGCCCAACAGGACGUAACUCAGUGUUCUGCCGUCUUCGGCUUGGAAGCUCAAUUUGAGAUGCAUGGGGAGCUUAAGCAGAUGCUGAAGGGGUUCAACGACCCCGUCAAACGCUGGAACGAGGCACUCAGCGCCCUGACGGAUCAACUUGACUUGAAACGGAGAGUAGAGAUUCUCCGUUGGCUCUCCGACGAACCACACCAACAGCACCACCAACAGACAUACGGUGAGGUCAUGGAAGGAACAGGUAAAUGGCUCCUUCAAGACCCGACCUUUCUCCAGUGGAAGAACGAAAGCGCAUCGUCGAUCCUGUGGCUUCAUGGUAUCCCAGGCUCCGGCAAGAGCAAGCUUACUUCAAUCGUUGUCAAGGACGCACAGGAUGCAUUCUCGAACAACCAAACUCCAGCCCCGGUUUAUUUCUAUUGUUCUCGCAACCCAGCCGAGCCUGGACGCUCCGACCCUUCCAGGAUAGUGGCAAGCUUUGCAAGGCAGCUCUCAACCCCCGUGGCACGAGGGCCGCUUCUCGAAGACGCCGUUAGGGUUUACCAAAAACGAGAAGAGGACGCCUUCGCGUCUGGACCGCUUCACCUGGAAGAAAGCAAGGACCUUAUCAUCAAACUGCUUGAUCAAUACAAGUAUGCGACGAUGACCAUUGUGAUUGACGCCCUCGACGAAUGCGCCGAAGCAAGUCGAGGUCGUCUCUUGGAAUUGCUGGAGGACCUUCUAAUGACAUCUCCUUGUCUACUCAAGAUAUUCGUCUCUAGUCGAGACGAUCAAGACAUUGUCUACAGGUUGGAUACUUAUCCGAAUUUACACCUUUCUUCCGACCGCAACUCGGAAGACAUCGAUCUUUUCGUGCGGACGGAAACGACACAUCUCAUUGGCAGGGGAGAGCUGCUACGAUCAAGCACGAGAAAGAGAGAACUACGCGACAAAAUCGUCAACGAGCUCACAGACAACGCACAUGGCAUGUUUCGUUGGGCCAGCCUCCAAUUGCAGGAGCUUUGCCGCCAGCGGACCGAUGAAGCAAUUGUCGAAAGACUGGGACGACUACCAAAGACUCUGGAAGAUCUAUAUCGAGAAAUAUUAUCCAGGAUCGAAGGCUUUGAAGCAGAGACUGACCGACUAUUGACACGUAGCGCUCUUAGUUGGCUACUCUGUGGCCAGGAGCAGCUUAAGUCAGACUGCUUUCUAGCCGCUGUGUGUCUAACAAAGCACGAUGCAGCCUACAGAAUUUCAAAAACUCAACUACUAGAAUUGUGUUGCAAUUUGGUUCUCUACGAUUCUACACAGGAUGCGUUCCAGUUCUCGCAUUUGUCGGUCCGAGAAUUCCUCGAGUCUCAAACGGUCUAUCAGCUAGUGGCUGUCAACGCGCUGGUGGCGGAAUCAUGCCUUUACAUUGUCGACGAGAUGCACAAAUACCCCGUGUCAAACCCUCUCCUAGAGUAUUGCGACAGAUUCUGGGCAGAACACGCUCAGAAAGGGUUACAUGGUGAACAAGAAACACUGACACGAACUUUGCAUUUCUUUCUUUCUAAAGAACGAGGGACAACACAGGUUGGAGACUGGCAAAAAAGAAUCCAGCGUUCGACUGCGCGUAAGUCAUUGGGGAUCGGAACUAAGCUCCAGAGUUCCAUCAGAACAAUACCUUCAGUUUUGUUGGUUGUAUGUGCAUUCGACUUAGCAGGUGUCUUGAGUCUAGAUGAAUGGACACACCUGAGCACAAGAGAUCCUGGCGCGUUUCGCAACACACAUCAGGAAGUCGCCGCGAAGCAUGGGGAAGGGAAAAUUGUGGCUUGGCAUUUGGACAGGAAUAUCCCUUUCGAGACGGGCGAAAUCACCCUGACAGCUGUCGCCGAGAACAGGGGUAGUGGCCACAAGAUCAUGGCGCUGCUUCUCGACAAGCGUGGGGACGAGAUCCGGAUCACAGAAGACGUCGUCGAAGCCGCAGCUGAGAACAAGGAAAGUGGCAAGGAAAUCAUGGCGCUGCUUCUCGACAAGCGUGGGGACGAGAUCCGGAUCACAGAAGACGUCGUUGAAGCCGCAGCUGAAAACGAUGAAAGUGGCAAGGAAAUCAUGGCGCUGCUUCUCGACAAGCGUGGGGACGAGGUCCGCAUCACAGAAAACGUCGUCAAGGCCGCAGCUGAAAACCGGAGGAGUGGUCAGCAGAUCAUGGCGCUGCUUCUCGACAAGCGUGGGGACGAGAUCCAGAUCACAGAAGGCAUGAUUUCAACUAUUGUGAGAACGUUUAACCAUGCAGUCGUCGGCCUGCUUCUCGACAAGCGCGGAGACGAGAUCCAGAUCACAGAAGUCGUCGUCAAGGCCGCAGCUGCAAACUGGAGGAGUGGUCGGCAGAUCAUAGCACUGCUUCUCGACAAGCGCGGAGACGAGGUCCAGAUCACAGAAGACGUCGUCAAGACUGCAGCUGAGUACGGUAGCUACGAGACUAUGGCGCUACUUCUUGACAAGCGUGGAGACGAGGUCCAGAUCACAGAAGACGUCAUCAAGGCUGCCGCUGGAAACGAGAAUAGUGGCAAGGAAAUCAUGGAGCUGCUUCUCGACAAGCGCGGAGACGAGGUCCAGAUCACACAAGAUGUCGUCAAGGCUGCAGCUGCAAAUUUAAAUCAUGGCCAGCAGAUCAUGGCACUGCUUCUCGACAAGCGCGGAGACGAGAUCCAGAUCACAGAAGUCGUCGUCAAGGCUGCAGCCCAAACCGCGGCUUGUAAGCAGCUUGUUGGUUACCUUCUUACACAACGGAGCGCUGAAACUAGAGCCUCUAUAACAUCCCAGGCGUGCUUCACAGCCUCCGCUUGCGGCCAGUUAGUAUCUUUGCACUAUCUUUGCCAGUACAUCCCGCUUGAGAAGGUGGAGCCUUUGUGGGACGACAUCGGCCGCCUCUAUCGUGCGGCUGAGACAGGCAACGCGGACGAAAUCGAAAAGCUGCUGGAGACAGCAGUUCCACUGAACACCAGAGACAGUUUCGGCCGAACACCCCUUUGGAUUGCCGCAGGCAAUGGGCGAGCGAAGGUUGUUGAACUUUUAUGUCAACAAAGUGAGGUCGAUGUCGAUUCCUUGUCGUCUUCGGGACGAUCACCAAUCUUUUGGCCUUCUGCUUGCGGCAACGAGCGCAUUGUUACCGUCCUUCUCUCUGCGGGAGCGAAGACCGACUUCAUAGAUGCAGAGGGGCAAACCGCUGUGUCCAUGGCGAGACAGAAUGGGCAUGGGAAUAUCGUGCGCCUUCUUCUUAGCUCAGAAGCGGCAAAACAACCAAAGGCUGCCUGGAUCUGGGUGAAGGCAUGGAGGAGCUGGGUUUCUCGACUUUUGAUCGUCGCCCUCCUGUGUCUUGUCGGUACUGUUGGAUGUGCAAUACUCUAG